GCAGGAGGCAAUCACGGAGGACUUCUUGGAAGUGGCAGCGCGUGUCAAGUCCACUUUUCACAGAGAAGGACUGAGGUGGUGGGACUGACACCCAAGGCUCUCAGGGCCAUAGCACCCAGCUACGGGAAGGCCCCGCGGUGUGAGGAGAACCAGGGCAACCGGCCGGCUGCCCGGGGAGGAUCCGAAUUCAGACCAGGCCCGCUCUCGGCUAGAUGAUGUCAAGGGUUUGGGAGCCGUGGAGACAGGGGAGCAGGCCUGCCACUCACACCCCUGCUCCCCGUCUGUCCCCCAGCAGCAAGACCCCCUACGCUGUGCCCCUGGGCAAAGCAUCGCCGACUCUGCCGCCCAGAAACGCGCCCCGCGCCCCCCCCACCCCGACACCGUGCCCACUCCCUCUGCAGCAGCCGUGGCGCCAGCUGGAGCCUGCGGGGGAGCGGAGCAGCAGCCAGGGAGCGAGUGUCUACACACAGGGCCUAUUUGGGGACCGUCUUUUAUUUUUAGCCUGAAAGUGGUCCACCCUCUGGCACUGCAGAGGCGGCCCCCUGGGCCAGGCCCCCCGCAGCAGGGUCUCCUGGCUCACCGGUCACCUGGGAGAGCAGCCUGGGGUCUCCCUCAGCCCACCCCCACGAACGGGGCAGCACGGGGCCCACCCCAUCAGCUGUGGGGGCACAGGAUGGGCCAGUCCCCCGGUGGUCAGCCCAACGCCUGCCCCGGGGUGGGGGGGCGCCUGACCGGCUUUCUGGCUGCAGGGCCGGGGGCCGCUUUCCGACAGCUCUUCUGGGGCAGCUCUGAGGGGACACGGCCAGUCUGCUUCGACCCCCACUGACGAGGCCCAUGAGCCAUUAGCGCCGAUGAAGAGAGCCAGGCCGGCAGGGCGUUUGGCCCGAGGCGUGAGCUGGUGGGAGGGUCAGUGGGACAAUUCGAUUCUCCGCCAGACAAAUGCGAUUACCGCGGCAGCCUGGGCCCGCCCCCCGCCCAGGGCCAGGGCAUAAAUGUCCCGGUGGGACGGCCGCGCUCACCCCGCCCGCCAUGCAGGUGCCCAGCCCCAGUGCGCGCGAGGCCGCCUCCCUGUACGGCACCAUGGUGGCCGUCUUCCUGGUCAUCCUGGUGGCCGCGCUGCAGGGCUCGGCCCCCUCCGAGAGCCCCUGGCCCUACCGCGUCCCCCUGGACCCCGAGGGCGCCCUGGAGCUGGCCUGGAACGUCAGCUACCCACAGGAGAUGGUCCACUUCCAGCUCCUGGUGCGGCAGCUCGGGGCCGGCGUGCUGUUCGGGAUGUCGGACCGCGGCCAGCUGCAGAACGCCGACCUGGUCGUGGUCUGGACGGACGGGGCCACCACCUAUUUCGGGGACGCCUGGAGUGACCAGCAGGGGAAGGUCCACCUGGACACCCAGCAGGACUACCAGCUGCUGCAGGCCCAGAGGACCCCCAAGGGCCUGUCCCUGCUCUUCCGGAGGCCCUUCAGCACCUGCGACCCGAAGGACUACCUCAUCGAGGACGACACGGUCCACCUGGUGUACGGGUUCCUGGAGCGGCCGCUGCCGUCGCUGGAGGCCCUCAACACCUCGGGCCUGCGCACCGGGCUGCAGAGGGUGCAGCUGCUGAAGACCGACAUCCCCAGGCCGGCCCUGCCCGCCGACACCAAGGCCAGGGAGAUCCGCGUGCCCGACGUGACCGUGCCCCCCGAGACCACCACCUACUGGUGCCACAUGGCCCUGCUUCCCGAGGGCUUCUCCCAGCACCACAUCGUCAUGUACGAGCCGGUCAUCACCGCGGGCAACGAGGCCCUGGUGCACCACAUGGAGGUCUUCCAGUGCUCCGUGGGGGUGGAGGAGUCCCACUACAGCGGGCCCUGCGACUCCAAGAUGAAGCCCGAGCGGCUCAACCACUGCCGCCACGUGCUGGCCGCCUGGGCCCUGGGCGCCGAGCCCUUUUACUACCCGGAGGAAGCCGGCCUUGCCUUUGGGGGCCCCGGGUCCUCCCGGUUCCUCCGCCUGGAGGUCCACUACCACAACCCGCUGAAGAUCCGAGGCCGGAGGGACUCCUCGGGCAUCCGCCUGCACUACACGGCCACUCUGCGGCGCUUCCACGCGGGCAUCAUGGAGCUGGGCCUGGUGUACACGCCCGUGAUGGCCAUCCCCCCCAAGGAGACGGCGUUCGUCCUCACCGGCUACUGCACCGACAACUGCACCCAGACGGCCCUGCCCCCCUCCGGGAUACACAUCUUCGCCUCGCAGCUCCACACGCACCUGACGGGGAGAAAGGUGGUCACGGUGCUGGCCCGGGACGGCCGGGAGAGGGCCAUCGUGAACAGGGACAACCACUACAGCCCUCACUUCCAGGAGAUCCGCAUGCUGAAGAAGAGGGUGUCUGUGUACCCGGGGGACGUGCUCAUCACUUCCUGCACCUACAACACGGAGGACAGGACGCUGGCCACCGUGGGCGGCCUGGGCAUCCAGGAGGAGAUGUGUGUCAACUACGUGCACUACUACCCGCGGACGGAGCUGGAGCUGUGCAAGAGCGCGGUGGACCCCGGCUUCCUGCGGAAGUACUUCUGCAUGGUGGACAGCUUCAACAGCGAGGACGCCUGCGCCUGCCCCCAGGCCUCGGGCCCCGAGCAGCUCUGGGCCCCCGAGCGGUUCGGCGCGGUGCCCUGGGACUCCUUCAGCCGGGACACGCUCCGGGCCCUGUACGGCGGCGCGCCCAUCUCCAUGCACUGCAACAAGUCCUCCGCCGUCCGCUUCCAGGGGGAGUGGGAGCUGCAGCCCCUGCCGAAAAUCACCUCCCGGCUGGAGAAGCCCGCCCCUCGGUGCCCGGCCCGCCCCAGCACGUGCCCCGCCCGCCCCACCGUGGUCGUCAUGGAUGGGGGCAAAGGCUGAGCGGCAGGCUGCCCCCUCGCCGCCCCUCCACGCCACCCCCGUGGGCUCGCACCGGCUCUGUGCA